GGGGCUGCGGCGGCUCUGCGCUGCGGAGCGGGGCCGCGGGAGGAGCGGCGGCGGCAGCUGCAGGUGAGUGCGCGCUGGGGCCGUUCCCUUCCGCUGCGGCCGGGGAGCUCACGGAGAGCCGCCGGCUGCCCCGCGGCACUGGCCGGCGGCGCGGCCCGUGUCCGCAGCCGGCCGAGCCCGGGGGAGGGCAGCGGGGCCCUUCUGCUGCGGCUCCGGCUCCGGCUGCGCCGGGGCCGCCGGCAGCCCCGUGGGGUUUGCGGCACCGGGGGGACGGAGGUGGGAAGCGGGGCCAUGCCGCCUCACUUCCGUCUCCCCGCUGCCUCCUCGGCCCAGCGGAGCAGGUGGUGCUGGCCGUGGUCUGCCCCGAAAUAAGUUGGGAGCAGUUUCCAGAGCAACUGCAGCUAUUUCGGUUGAUCUUUCAGCUUGAAGGGGCCGGCUCGGGAAGGCUCUAAUCCCAUUAUUUUGGGGCUGUGGAGUGAAAUAAGCGCUCGGCGAGGUCAGCCUGGCAGCGCAGGGAGGCGGGGAGGCCGCGGUCUGCUGUUGGGGCCGUGGAAACCGGAGUCUGGGAUGGAGCCGGGGACCUGCGCUCGUAGUGGCAGCGUGUGCCGAGCAGCCGGAGCUUGGGGACGGGAGCGUCGGGGUGUGCGUGCUGUCCCCGGCCCCUGUGCCGCCGGCACAACGUGCCAAAAGCCCGCUCCGAGGAGCGGCAUUGCAGAGGAACGGCGUCGGGUAAAGCAGCCGCUGUGGCUUCGAGGUCUCAGCUGUGCACGUUUGGGGCGUCGGUGCAUCCACCGGGAGAAGCGGUGCGCGCGUCUCCCUCUCCUCUAAGGGAAGGAAAGGCAGAGAUGGCUCCAGAUCCCCCGGCAGGGCGUGGAGAGGGGUUGCAUUCCUCAGGCACGGGCUAGAUAAGCGCUGGGCUCCUUGCUGCAUACUUCUGAUGCCUUCUGUGAACUCCAGUGGCACUCAGCAGGUUGUUUUGUAACUUCACUUGGAGCGUGCUGCAGGACGGCAAACCAACUCUGCCCUGUCACGACGCUUUGCAUUGAAUGCUAAAAGCCCCGAAGGGAGCUCGGGGAUGGCACAGCUGGAGCAGAGCAGGUGCAUCACGAUGGCAUCGUUUGUUGGGAUUUCUCAGGGAUGGGACCCGUGUCCGAAUCACCGAAUGGCUUUGCAGAAGGGCUGCGAAGAGGAGGGAGGGAGCUUUGGCUGCCGCUCGCUCUGAGCCAGCUCAGGCUCCAGGGGAUGCUCAGGCAGGCUCAGUGGGCAGGCAGCCGGCCCUGCAAACGCAGAGCAGCAGUGUUAAAGGCACCCUUCAGCUCUCCCUCUACAAGCGUAGCACUGCAGGGUCAUGCUCCUCGUAUGACAAAAACUGCAGCUUUUUUUUUUUUUUUUCUUAACACGGGGAAAGCUUGCUUGCCUUUUAUCAGGAGAGGCUGAGUGCAAAGCAUCCCCAAGCGCUUCUCGCCCUGCUUAUCUGGUGGUGCUGAAGAGAGGGCUGCCGGCUCCUUGCGGUGCAGGGAAGCUCAUCCCACUGGUGCUGGCUGGAAUGCCAGGAAUCCCCCCACCUCCCUGGCACCCUUAUCUGCUGGGAGAGCCCCAGCAUUGCGCCCAACCCCUUUGGUAGAUCUCCCUGCUGCUACCCUGCGCCCCUGAAAUAGGUGACGUGGUAAGUGAGAAGUUCUCACCGGCGUACAUCUGCUUAAAGCCUUCUUGCAACUUUCACAUAAAAGCAUCCUGGGGAGUGCUCAGGGCUGAGUCAGAGGAGUAUCUUCCCCCCCAAAGUGAGGAUGAAGGGCUUGGACAGAGCAGGCUGUGCUCGAAAACCCACGUCUCCCGGCCAGGGGGUUCGAAUCCAAUUUUCAUCAUUAUUUCUGCUCUUUGUGAAGAGAAGCGAGUUACAGCUAUGCUUGGUUGCUUUGGAUACCUGCAGGCCCAAGUGAACGUGCUGGGGAAUUUGCCAGCCUUGCCCAAGCCUUUUGGCAGCAGGUUGGGGCUAGUGAAAGAGGCUGGAGUGAAUCAUCUGAGGGUGCUUCGUUUGCUGCUCUUUGAGAGGUAGCUUGACCAAAAGAGGUAGUGGGUAAUUACUGAAGGUACCAGGGUUACUGCUUGCAGGAGCUUCUGUGCCAAAGUGUUUUGGGGGCUGGGUGUAGAACAUGCAGGUAGAAUGUGCCUUUGACCCGUUUAGUGGAGAUUGGUGUUGUGGUUGCCUUCACCCUUGUACUGUGCUGCAGAGAAAUGCUGCCAGAACAUCUGCCAGAGACCCUGCUAGCUCACUUCAUCCAGGCUUUCAUUCUGUCACCCUGCCCUUUUCCUCCUCUCUGCUGUGGGAGGUGACCCAAGUGUCCUGCUGUCCACCUGCACGUAGGGGUAAUGAUGCUUUGGGACCGCAUCCAGGCUUAGGUUGUAUGCAUGGCGAGAGUCACGGAAUCGUAGUAUCAUUAAGGUUGGAAAAGACCUUCAAGAUCGCCAAGUCCAACCACCAACCCACCCCCACCGUGCCCACCAGCCAUGUCCCUCAGUGCCACGUCAGCAUGCAGGGUAAGCCAGAAGGAAUCCCUCUUGAGGAUGGGUUGUUCUGCGCCUAGGUUUAAAGGUGUGAGGGAUGCCUUCAGUAUUAGCUCUUUGCGUGGUGUUUUUUUUUUUAAGAGCAUCUUUUUAAGGGAUGUUCCUCUAUCUGUUCUGACUUGUUUAUGCCCUUGUAAACCUGAGCAGUCAAAUUAAGUCAUAAGUGUGUCUACAUGCAGGGUUUUAAAGAAAACCCUAUUAUUGUAGAUGACUGCUAACAAUUUCGUGUCCUUCCAUUUUUCGGGUGCCAAGCUCAUGAGCUUCUAAAAGCAGCUGAUUAUCUUGCUUGUUGUUGGUUGGAGUCAGCACUUUCUUGAGGGCUGGGGUGCUUCCAGCUGCCCCGGGCUAGUCAUCUAGAAUAACUUGUUGCUUCAAAAAAAAAAAAAACCUCUUACCUGAAGACAUGGGUGGGUCAGCCCUGAGCUGGAAAUGCUGGAGCAGGCAAAUGCUGCCUGAAUCUGGGAUGGUUUCCUCUGCUGCUGCUUACCUGCGCUGAAGCAUAGAACCUGCCGGAGCUCUUGAUGUUAAGAGCCUCAUCUCCAAACCUUCCCAUGGGCCAAAGGUGCCUUCUGUGCCUGGAAGGGCUGAGGACAGGAAGGGCUCUGGGAGCGGUUCGCAAGUUGGAGCGGGUCAGGUGUCUUUGGUGCCUUGGCACUCAUAAUAGCACCUCAGGAUCAGAUUCCCCUAUCGCGUAGCUACCUGGCUGAUGGGUGGAGGAAGGCCCUGGAAGAGCAUUUAUAGGGUUGUUGGUGGCUUCAAAGGUUCCUGCCAGGAAUCGCUUCCCCAGCAGGUGAGAGCAUGCGUUGGGGAGCUCAUCGCUGCCUCUGGAUGCUUGCCCAAGGCUUCUGGUGCUGUGCAGGAGCUGGAUGAACACCAGAGGUAUUUCUAAAUAGGAAUAAAGACGAGGUGGUUUUGGAGGCUUUGUGGUUGCUGGUUUUGCUUGUUGGGUUUUUUUUUUUUUUUUUUUUUUCCCCAGGUUCUGCCAACAUUUGGAGAUGGCAGCACUCUUUUCUGUGAAGAGCCCAAUAUGUUUGUGGUGUGAAGGCUGGGAUGGACAAGGAGGUGACCUUGUACCUCUGGGUUCAUUCCCAAGGGAAUGGCAUGGAGCUGCAUCGAGGGGGGUCAGGCUGAGUGUUAGGAAAAGGUUCUUCCCCAGAGGGUGGCAGGCAUGGAUCCAAGCUGACAGAGUUCAUGGAGUGUUUGGACAAUGCUCUCAGACAUAGGGUUGGGAUUUUGGGUGGUCCUGUGUGGAGCUGGGGGUUGGACUCCAUGAUCCUUGUGGGUCCCUUCCAACUCGGGCUGUUAUGUGAUUCUAUGAGACCUGCAGAAAACUGGGCUCAGUCAGUUCCACCCAGCAGCAAAGUUUUCUCCUGGAACACACAGUUCAGUCCUCGGUGUUUAGGUUUUUAAUGACCUGAGAGCAUACAGAAGUGAGGGUAAAACAUUCAAAAGGCUCAGCUUCCAGCAGCAGCCUGAGUAGAGCCUGUACUGCAUGCAGCAAGAACAUCCAAACGCUUCUGAAAACCCAACAUUUUUGUUGCAGCUCGCUAUUCGGGACAUUAAAAUAGGCCCAGCAAGCUUAAUCCUCCCUGCUUCCAUUUGACUUUACAACACCGUCUUGUUGAAAGAGAGCGAUCUGUACCCCCUGAUGGAUGGCUCCCUGCUCCAUGCCCAGGCCCUUGCCAACAUUUAUUUUUGCAGAGCUGUUAACCAAAAUGCAAGUGUAGUUUUGUGGAUGGCCCCCUGCGUUUUUGUGCCAGAUAAGGGAUGGAGUUGCCUGUGAAGAUGCGCCUCUAUUUCAGUGCUCUGAAGAGCUUGUUAUCUCCGGGUGGGUUCAGGUUGGGACUGAUGGCACCUUUGUCUAAUUAAUCACAUGUUGAGGUGCUGUGAAAGCAGGCUGCUAAAAUACACAAGUGUCUUAUCAAAGGUUUCAACCUGGAUUAAUUCUGGGCCUUUUGUUUGUUUGACUCGGUGUCUGUGAGGGAGGGAGAAAGGAAGGAGUAAUUUCAGCUCUCUACAAAUGGUCAUUGAAGGCCUUUUUAAUCCUGUGAAGUUAUAAAUAAACAUCCAUGGCAGCGUGCACCUGCAUAUUCAUUAGAGCAUCCUCAGCGCUCCCUCCCAGGGCCCUGCAGUGCGUCCUUGGCGUGCGGCUGUGCUCCAAAGAGGGCAGGAAACUGUGAGUUACUCUGGAAAUGGAAAAUAAUCUGGAAGGUUAUCUAUGGUUUUUCAUUUGGCAGUUUAAUUGCCUUUUCCCCUGUAAAGGGAGUUGGAGUGACAAGAGGAUCGCUGCUGGCAGCUCUUCUGUUGGAGCCUGGGAAGCGGGCUGGGGAGGGAGAAGAGAGCAAUAUUUCGGGGUCAUCUGGCUGCUUUGUGUGCCUGUUGGGCUAUGUGACCAGCCUGAACUUUGCUAUAACUCUAUGGAAAUGAAAUUCUCCAUUUCUUUGGGGUGAGAUACAGAGAGCCGCAGGGCAGUCUGUGAGUGCUGUCCUUGCAGCUGUUCCAGCUGCAUCUCCUCCUCAUCUCUGCGCGGGACCACGGCCACGUUUUUAGAGGAAAAACCAAAGCUGUAACUCCAGGAGUUUGGUGAUGCUGCUCUCAGAAUCUCAGGUUUCUCUGACAAAACAGCAAGUGCCCUUGAUGGAUGUCUCCGCCAUGGCUGCCUCUCCCUAAUGCUGUCCAGACAUGCUGUCGGCGUGCUUGCUCGGUUAUCUCCUUUCUCUCUUCACUUUGCACACGUGGACACUUCAAACAACAUAGGACACCGGGUCACAGGAUGGAUGCACCACCCACACAGAGAAGUAAUCCAUUUUAGUGGAGUUAAUAAGGCAAAAUGUUUGGAGUAGACAGUAGAAGAAGUGGUCUAUCGCCCAUCAGAGCUCUGUUGCCUAAUAAGGCCUUUUAAAUCAUACAGCUAUUUCCAGAAAGCAGCAGAAGUAGUCUAAAGGGAGCAGUAAUAAUAUCCCCUUAACAGUUUUUAUAGGGACUGAUCCCCACGUCCCCCAGGUCAGCCCAUGGCAAGCAGAUAGUUGAGGUAUUUCUGAGUAUUUCCAAGGCCAAAGCAGGCUCCUGUGUCUCCAGAUUCUCAGCAUUCCUCCUGCAUCCCAUCUCAUGAUAAAUAGAAGCUGUUUUCUAUCCUCAAGAAUGGUCUGCAUGUAAUAACAGGGGAAUAUUCAUGAGUUACAUCAUGCUCCUCGUCUCACCUGCUGUGGGAAGCAAGCAUGAUGGAGGUGCUGAAGUUCCUGGCAGGUGCACGCUGCAGUUGUGUUGUCUGAUAGCCCUCAGGGCCUGGUGUGCACCAGCUGUGCUGAGUGCUCCCCAGAAUGCUGCUCCUGAGGAAGAAGGGAGGUUCAGGUUGGAUAUUAGGAAGAAUUUCUUCUCAGAAAGCGGUGGGCAUUGGGACAGGAUGCCCAGGAGCGGUAGAAUCACCAUCCCUGAAGGUGCUUAAGAAAAGGCUGAUGGGACGUGCUUUAGUGGGCAAUAUUGGUGGGAGGUGGACAGUUGGAUGGGCAGCAUCUGCAGGACGAGCAUUGCUCGUGACAGCUGGAAAGCAUGCACCAGAAUUUUAUAUGAAAAGUCAAAGCUUUGGGGGGAGUUCAGCCCUGAGAAGUGUUGAGGUCUGGUCAUCCGGGCUGAUCCGGGCUGGCCAGAAGGUGCCAGACCCAUCCUGCGCUGGGAGGUGAACACCUAAGUGCUUUCCCAGCCUCUCCUCUGAAGGGCUGAGCAUCUUGGCAGGCUCACUGCACAGCUAAAGAUGAGCGUGGAAGUACAAAAUCUGUCUUAUGUGUAAGAGCCUUUCCUCUCUCCUCUAAUCUAGAUGCUGAUGCUAAUUUUUCUUGACUCCCUUGGGGAAAAAAACUGCCAUGGAUUCACUCUUGUCUGCUUUCAUGUAGUUGCUCUUCACUCGUGUGUCUGAGGUUGAUCAUAAUGAUUACAGCAAUAGCAGGUGCUGCUCAUGUUUCCCUCGGAAACCUUAAUCUUUAUGGCUGACUUUAAUAGCCAGCCUUGCUCUCCUCCCCCUGAAUAGCUACUAUUAGUGCUGGUGAGGAGAAAUACGGUGCAUUAAGGACAGUCCUUCUUCUAGGCUGUGUGCACACACACUCAUCCAUUGCACAUCCAUCUGGCCAGCUUUCAGGGUUUGCAGCAAUUGUGUUGUUUUUUUUUUUUCUCUGUUUGUUUGUCUUUUUAAGUUUUAAUUUAUGAGUUUUCAGUUGGUGCCAUGGUCUGUGCUUUGCUCAUCGGUGGGGCUCGGGGGAGGUAUGUGACCUGCCUGCAGUCUUAUCAUUGCCCAUGAUUACUGACGUUGCAACACCGCUCUGCUGGCAUCGGGGCAGGAUAUGGUUAGCCAUUAAUUGCUCUGCAACUCUAGGAUGGGACACUGUGAGACCCAGCCCGGGUGCCCCCUCCAGGAGGUGUCACCUCCUGCUUCGGUGAACUUCAUAAGAGGUGGCUGCUUGGAUGCUGAUCUUGGCUUGUUGCUUUCUUCCCCCCCCCUCUAGAAAUUCCCAAGCUGCUCUUGGAUGCUGUUUGCAAAGCAUUUGAGUGGGUUUCAAAGCUUGAAGGCUACAAAGGUGGAGCUGGGACGGGGUGAGGCUCCUUCUGCAGUUUUGGGCACAUCGCCAGCCUGCCAGGGCUUGAGCCUCCCUCACUCAAAUCACUACCCAAGUAUGUGACCCUGGGGACGUUUCCCCAUCAUGAGCAGCCCCUGGCCUUGAGGGUAUGCCCCAGGUUUGCUGGCGUGGGCUUGCAGCUCCAUGUAAUUUGCAGGGGGAAAGUGGAGCAGAGCAUCUCUUUUGUUCCUAAUGGAAGGUUGCUUGCAUGGGGCAGGCAGGAUGUUGCUUGUGGCUUUCCAUAAGUGUGCCUUCUGUAAGAUCCUAGGGCUGGCACAGGUCUGGUUUGGGUUUCCAGAGCACUUGUGUGGUGCUGGGUCUGUGGCUUUGGUCUCAAGUGAUGUUUUGGCUCUUGAAUGCUACAAGUGCCAAAUGAUUGGGUCUUCCCAGUUAUGACUCUUCAAGCUCCUUUGCAUGCAAAAAGCUCUGGAAACGUGACCAUAACUUGUACAGAAGCUGAGUGCUGGUUCUGUUUUUCACACAGCAAAAGCCACCUGCUAUGGGAGCACAACAGAGCUGGGCUGUGGCUGGGGUUUUUCCUGGAGCAGUGUGGGUGCUUUGCGUAACGCGUUGCUUGCAGCUUUGGUACACGGGGGACACUGUGGCUGCAAAAUGACAAAGGAAGGACAGAAGGGGAGCUGCCUUUGGGCUGCCAUCAUCAGUGACACAGCAUAUGCUCUGGUAGGACCUGUUUGUCCCUCCUUGAGCUCCUGUGACCUCCAUGAGCAGCUCAUGGAGUCACAGAGCUAGGGCAGGGCUUUGCUUUAUGCUCUCUGUGGCAGUAGGAGUGUUACCAGGGUCUGCUGCAGUGCCUUUUCCUUCUAUUUGUCUUUCUCCAGCGCUGCUCACUUCUGCCUUCGUGCAGGUUGCUUUUGUUCAAAGCACUGCCCUAUUCCUGGGGCUGGCCCAGACCAGACAUCUUGUUUGGGGCCCUGGCUGAUGUUGUCCCCCCCCACAUGGGACGUGCUGACCAGACAAAGAACUGCAGUUAGCACUGAACCACGUCCACCACCGUGACUCUAUCACUUGGCCUGUGAUAGAUGUGGCAAGGAAGGCCCAGAAGAGCUGUGCCAUUCCUGCAACACCAUACAGAGAAUUGAUGAUGCUCCUCAAAAAGAAGGACCCGAGGCAGGAGAAAGCUGUCAGUGGCCUGAAGGGGAGCCCAGGCCACAACCCUUCCCCGCUCUUCAAGUUUGGGCUGCAGGAUGGGCACCAUCAUGAGGCUUUGGUCCUGUAGACCUUCUUCUGCUCUGGUUUGUGAGCCACUGUGCUUUCCCUGGUGCUGGUCCUUUCUGCACCUUUGUAAUAGGAGGCUUCAGUUCUUCAGGAGGGUUUUAGCAAGUGGUGGCGGUGCUCAAGCAGGCAUUUCUGUCCCAGCAGCUCGCAGCGGAUUUGCACAUGGGCAAGGAUGAUCUCUUCCCUGGUGUUCAGGUGCUGGGCUGGUACGUUGGGCAGGGAGGGACCUGGGAAGUGUUACAUAGCUACUGGAUGUGUCACUGCAGCAGCUGAUCACGGUUGGUGAGUCACUGCCAGCACUCAGACAUGCAGGAUGGCAGCACGUGGCUGCUCCUGUCGCCACUUGCUGUUUACUUGUGUGGUUUUGUUUUUUUUCCCUUCUUCUUCUCCUGCUGCUUGAAUAGUUUCCCGUGGUGUGGGAUCACACGUGUGGGUUGCUUCCUACGUGCCUGCCUUUCCCAGCUCUGCACGUUUCCUCCCAUCUCAGUCUCCUGGGGCUGGGCUUUGUCCUCAGCCAUGGUCACCCCACAACCACCUGGCCACAGCAGGGUGUCCUGCCCCAUCCACAGCACAGCACCUGUGUCUCUGAAACAUCCCAGUCCCCUGGAAGCUCCCAGCAGUGGUGCAGGAUGCCAGCAUUGCUGGCUUAUCCUCGUUUUCUCCCUUUCUCCUGGCCAGUCCCAAUUCCCUGUUCACCCCAGAGUGCUGAGGACAUCCCUGCCUGUCUGCCGACCCUUUGUGGGGGGUUGUUUUGAGGCCCAGCCUGUCCGCAGGAGCAUCCCACCCUGCAUGCAUCCUGCGAUGCUCGGCAGGUGAAACUGCCAACCAGGCGAAACCCUGCCAGCCUUGUGGGCAGGAGCUGGGCACGGGGCUGCUGUUGGGGUUAACAAGGGAAGAGAAGCCCAGGAGGAUUUCAUCCAUGUUUAUCAAGCACAGCAGCCUUAAUUACAGGCUGAAAACUACUUGUGCGUGUUUGAAUUUAGAUCCACAGGCACUCCUGUGGUGCAGGCACAGAUUUCAAAGCCUGGCUGUGCACUCGCCCUGGCACAACUUGCUAGCAGGGCUUCUCCCUACUGCUGGUGCUUCAGCAAUCCGGUCAGUAAAGCAAACAGAAAACUUGACCCCCAAACAGAAGCUCUGAAUGCAGCAACAAGCAUGUUUGCUAGCAAAGGUGAUGUUUUCCAUGCUCUUUUUAGCAAUGCCUGUGUGGGGUCCAGGUCUUGAUGGCACAGGGUAGCGUGCCCUUAGAUGCUCCGUGCUGGAUCCUCUCCUGAUCCUUCCCUUCUCACCAGUGUGAGGAGCUGUGGCUGUCCCCAGGAACCUGGUAGAACAGAGGCAGUGCUUGUGAAAUCUGCCCAAUUCCAUCCAGUGCCGAGAUGUGUUCAGCUCACGUCACAAAAUACCUCGAUUAGCAGGAGGGCCAAUUGCUUUCUCUUUUAAUUAAGGUAAUCCAAUUGGACAAGGCGUUGUCCAGUUGUGCCAGGUGAGGUUCAGCUUGGAUAUUAGGGAAAAUAACUUAUCUGAAAGAGCGGUGAUGCAGUGGCACAGCUGCCCGGGGAGGUAGUUGAGUCACCAUCCCUGGAGGUGUUCAGGAGGUGUGGAGAUGUGGCACUGAGGAAAGUGGUCAGUGGGCAGGGUUGGGAUGGGCUUGGGGUUGGACUUGGUGAUCUGGGAGGUCUUUUCCAACCUUAAUGAUUCUCUGAUAAUCUGAAGUUGGCCUCAAAGCCCAAGCUUUAAAAGCAGCCUCGAUCCACGUGAGGGUGAAGCCUUGUUCAAAUCUAGACUGAACGUUUUCUGAGCCUGGUUUUUUCCAACUUAGCCUGAGAUGCAGCGAAAAAUAAAGCUGUAAGAUCUGGGAGUGUUAAUUUAUUUAAUUUUUUUUUUUUUUUCAUGUCAGCAUUUGAAAUUCCAACUCCCAGUUAGGAAAUUUGUUGAAGAAGUUGUAUGAAUCAUCCAUACCAUCAAUUUAGGACCAAGCACAUGGGGAGGGAGCAGAGAAAAUUAGUCACUUUGUUAAUCUGCUUCCAAUAAAAGUUAUUUAGAAAUCCAUAGAGGGGGUGGGGGGGGGAAUAAAUAAAAAUGAGAGCAGCUUUAGGGAGUGCUGUCACGCAUCCCUGUGCUGGCACCACAGCCACCCGCUCGCUUCUCUGCACUGUUUUGGGGCAUUUCCCCGCUCCUCGGUUUGUGGUCAAAGGGACUAUCAGAAAAGCUGUACCCCACCUUCAGAUUUAGAGGGUGGGAAGCUGUCGGGCCAUGCUGGGCCAUGGAAGCUUUUAGAGCAGCCAGGAUAAUGCUGCCGUGGAAGAGCAGAUAAUGUCGGGUGAGUCCUACCUCUGUGAAAACAAACCCUUCUGCCUCUGGGUUCUUUCCAAGUCUGGAGAGAGCUUUCAGGAGGAGCAGAGGUCGAGGGGCUGGUUCAGGCUGCAGGACGUUGGGAAGCUCAUUAAUAGGGCUUGGAGAAGCAGGGAAGGAUGCGGAGCUAACAAGGGGUGAGCGUGGUCAGGGAGAGCUGAGGAAUUGCUGUCCUGGAUCCAAGGACGAGCUUUGCAUUCUUCUUAGCUAUAACCCGCUCUCUGAAUUACCGCUGUGGGAAGUCCAAAGGGUCGCUUUCCCACCACCUUGGUCAGGUUGAAGCCGAAACUCCUCCGCAAGAGGCAGAAGGCCGCGUCACGCCACUCCCUGCUUUUCGGUGCUGUGGGCCAAAUGCUGGUAAAUGAUUGCUGGAGACACUCGACCGAGGCGGGGCCAGAGCUCGGUUUGAACCCAAACAGGUGCCUCUACCCCCGCAGCACCCCCAGGUGUCCCACAGCUGGACCCAGCACCGUUCGUCACCCCUCGCCUCACCAACUGCUGGUAUUUUGGGUGAGGAAAGGGAAGACUCAAUUCUGCUGCCCGGACCUGAGCUGUGCAUGAGGCUUUGGCUAAGGGACCCCGUCCUGCGAUGCCCCAGGGUGCCUGAGGCCCGGCAGCCACGGGGAUGGAGCUGAAGGUCUGGGUGGAUGGGAUCCAGAGGGUCGUCUGCGGCGUCUCGGAGCAAACCACCUGCCAGGAGGUGGUCAUCGCCCUGGCGCGGGCCAUAGGUCAGACAGGCCGCUAUGUCUUGGUGCAGAAGCUCCGGGAGAAGGAGAGGCAGCUCCUCCCGCUCGAGUGCCCCUUGGAGUCGCUGGCCAAGUGUGGGCAGUAUGCCAACGAUGUGCAGUUCAUCCUGAGGCGGACGGGCCCCAGUGUGACCGAGCGACCAUCCUCAGAGGGUGCUCCUCAGGCUCCUGAGAGGACGUUCAUCCGGGCCAGCCUGCCCAUCAAACCCCGGGCCCUGAGCACGGACGUACCUCGGCCCCGGGAGCCGAGGAAAUCAAUGACCUUCAACUUGGGCCCCAUGGGCUCUGUCGACCCGUAUGCAAAGAGCCGCUGGAGGCAGCAUGCCUGGGAGGGGAUGGACUUGAAGGACGGUGGGGCUGGCCAGCCCUCCAAGGAGGAGCUGUUUAAGACAGUGCUGCGGCAGCAGGAGCAGCUACACUCCUUGGAGGCCCACGGGGACACGCUGGAGACAGACCUGCGGCUCUGGGAGCACGGCCGGGCCUCCAGCCAGGAGGAUGAGAUCCUCUACUUGGAGCACUUGGUGCGGAGGAAUGAUACGGAGCUGGGCGAGGAGGAGUUUUGGCAGAGCGAGCUGCGGCUGGAGAAGGAGUGUGAGCGGGAGAGGCAGGAGCGGGUGAGGAGCCUUCGGGCCAGCCUGGAGGAGUACACGCAGAGGAUCUAUGAGCUGAGCGCCCGCACGGAGGCCCUGCAGAAAGAGAUCCAGUGGGAGAUGGCCGAGAGGGCCAAGAGGGGCAAGGAGAUCCCUGUGCCGAGCCCCACGGACUUGGAGGACAUGGCUGCCAAAAUGAAAAGGGAUCUGGAGGCUAAGGUCAAGCAGGGCACGCAGCUGGAGAACAACCUGGCCAGCGUGGAGAAGGCCCUAGAAGAAGCUGAAAGGAGCCUGCAGGCCCAGAACCAAGAGCUGGAGGAGUUAAAUAAGGAGCUGAGGCAGUGUAAUUUGCAGCAGUUUAUUCAGCAGACGGGAGCCACGGUGACCGUCGGGCAGGCCAGGUCUGAGGAGGACGCCCAGCCGGAGCUGAGCCCACGCGAGCUGCCAGCCUGCCGGCGAAACGGAGGGUUUCCUCCCACCGGUGCCGAUUCGCCACCGUGUGCCAGCACCAAGCAGCUCCUCAGCCAUCCCCGGACCCUGCCAGAGCCCCUGGUGCCCAGCCUGAACCCUGAGGUGCUUUACAAACAGUGGAUGAAGCUCAUCUCCACUGAGAAGGCAGCCGUCUCUGGGAUGAAACAUGGCAGCUUUUUAAUAAUGCACAGCAGCAGCACGGAGCAUUUUAGGACAGGAAGAGAAGGAGAUGGCACUUGGCUGCAGAUAUGAGCAGCAUCUCCCUGAGGAAAGCCAGGAGCUGAGCAAAGACUGCUGCUCUCUGACCCUUUGGAUGUGCUCGCUCGCAGCCCGUUUUGGAGGUGCACGGCCUGUUUUGGAGGUGCCCAGUACGUCCGUGCCACCACAGUGGGUGCGAGACAGCAGUUGCUGGUGUCCUGUGGGAUUUUCCCCUUCCCGUGGCGAGGGGCAGUUGUGGGCAAAUGAAAUAUUAACGCUGGAGAGAAAGCUGUCAAGGGCAAUGCAGCAAGUGCCUGCUGCUGUCCAGCAGUUUGGUUGAGUGAUAUUUAAGGAUUAGAGUUUGCUUCAUUCGGAGACCGCUAGGAGCCGAGUCUCUGGUUACUACCUAAGGACAGCAGGGAGAUGUGAUUUCAGCCUUGUCUUUUUGGAACCAAGAUUUUCUUCUCUCUCUCUCUUUUUUUUUUUUUUUUUCUUUCUUUUUCCAUGAAUCACUGGAGUUGGAAAUGUAUGUUGGGAAAAAAUGUAUUGAACAAUACGUUUGCUUCGUGCAACUGCAUGAAGAAGUUUGUUCCCUGCGGUGUGAGCACUGAUUGCUUGCUUCUUGAACUUUUUGCUCUUGUUUUCUGGACUCUUGCUUUUAAAAUGAGGCUCCAAGAAGAGAAUCAGGGUGUGUUGGAGGCUGUGAAGAGCAUUUCAGUACCGCCUGGGGUAAAACUUGAAACCCUCGGUUCAGGAAAACUGCUUGCCUUUGGCAUAGCCAAGGGACUGUCCUCCCCACUGGGCAGCCAAUGCUGAGGUAGUUGGCCUCAAGUUCUCCCUGAAAUAUCCCUGAGAUUUUGAGAUGUGAGCUGAAGUCCUCAACGCACCCUGAAACACUGAUAUCUGUGAUUUGAACAAGUGGCAUCUUUCAUUUUGGGGCCCAUUUGUGGUUUUGCUCUGUGCAAAAUAAAGAGAAAAGGCUCAGCGCUGCGGGCACUUCCCACAGCAAAAGGGGGGGGGGAGGGGGGGGUGGAAAGCCACAGAACAAUAAUUCAAUGGCAGUGGAAUCUCUCAUUUUCGUCCUGCGCUACCACUUAACUGUGUGAGGGUUGGUGGUCUCUUAUAAUUCUAGAGAUGACUUAUUGUGGUUUUGGGUAUCCUUGGGGAGAGCGCUGUGCCCGUGUGCUAACACCCAUGUGCUAACCCCAUGUUUCAGCCACUGCUGCACACAUGUUUCUGCAGCCCCCAGAAACGUGCCGUGCUGCGGAUUUCUUCCUGCUUUUCCCACAACCCAUCACCUGGCAGCCUCAGAGCAGCGGGGUUUCUCAAGGUAACAAAUGACUGAUGGGCGAGUUCCGCCCUGGACCCCCACCUCCCAUCCCUGCUGUGUGGCUCAGCAGCGUGACCUAAAUUCAUCCUGGCACGAGGGGCCCCACGCGGCAGGGAUGUGGCGAUGUGCCGUGGCACCUUCUUGGUCCCUGGUCUGGCUGUGGCUUGUCCCACCCCGCUGCCCCUGGCCUCCACUUAAGGCCGCACGUGUUAUUUAACCGAUGCCCGCUGCAGCGCUCUGCCUUUCCGCUUUUAUCUGCUCUAAAGGCUGUGUCAAUAAUACAUUUCUGCCAUUGAAUAUUUUAUUGAUGAUUUGACUUUUCGCUGCUUGCAAUUCCCAUUUCAAGGCUGCAUGAUUGUUCCUAAUUAAAAUUUUAUGCCCUGGGAGAAGCCUUCUUGCUACAGUGGAGAUGAUGCUGUCCUUUUCUAGGCCACUACAGAGCGGUAGGAAGGAAUUACUCAUUGUCAUGAGAUUAAAACAAAGCAAAUAAAUUAUUUUUCCUUAAAAAACAA